AUUUUGGGUUCACCCACACCCAAAGUCAGAUAUCAAAUACCACUACACGGGGGCUUGAUAACUUCAAAGGUUGCAAAAUGUUGAGUCCUUUGAAAAUUUGGGACUACUUAAAGCCCUAGGUUUAGCUUCAAUCACUUUUUUCACUAAAGUAGUCUGUGCAAAAAUGCCGAUUCAUCAUUCUAAAUCAGUAAAAAAAUCCCACAAACUGCCAAUUCCAAUAACACUUCUCUCAGGGUUUCUUGGUUCAGGUAAAACAACAUUAUUAGAGAGAAUCUUAACAACUGAUCAUGGCCUCAAGGUAGCAGUCAUUAUCAAUGAUGUCUCUCAACUAAAUAUUGAUGCUGCUUUAAUUCAAGACCAUAAGGUAACAAAGAAGGAGGAGAAAUUGAUCCAACUACAGAAUGGAUGCAUUUGCUGUACACUUAGAGGUGAUUUACUAGAGGAGUUCUUAUCUUUGGCUAAGAAUGGCGACUUUCAGUAUAUUAUUAUUGAAUCAACUGGAAUAUCAGAGCCAAUGCAGGUGGCUGAAACUUUUACCACUGAAUUCACAGAGAUGCUUUUACAAACUCAAGGGUCCAUUCCAAAAGAUGAAGAGAAGAUUCUCAAUGAGAUUGUUGAACUAGGUGGACUUACUAAGUUAACUAAACUUGACACAUGUGUUACGGUGGUUGACUCAGUCAACUUCAUGUCAAACUUUGAGACUACUGAUUUCUUGGUAGAUAGAUUUGGAGAUAACGGCCAAGGUGAAAGGGAGCGCACUAUAACUGACUUGAUGGUAGACCAGAUUGAAUUUGCUGAUGUUAUAAUUGUUAAUAAGGUCUCAUCUAUGAAAAAGAAGAAUCGUAAAAAGAUCUCCAAAAUCAUCAAAUCUUUAAACCCCAUAGCUAAGGUUAUUCAUGCUGAUUACUGCAAUGUUGACAUUAAAGAUGUGGUCAACACCAAAAGAUUUGAUUUCGAGAAGGCCUCAACAUCUGCUGGCUGGUUACAAAGUAUUAAUGAGAUGACUAUCAGGGAAGGUUUUGGUAAUAAAAAUCAAUCCACAUUGACCCCUAAACCGGAAACUGAAGAAUAUGGUAUCACUAAUUUUGUCUACAAAUCUAGACGUCCUUUUCAUCCUGAAAGAUUAUAUAAGAUGAUGUAUGACAAGUUUGUGAUUAUAGAACAGUCUGGAAUUGACGAAUCUGAGAACACAAAUGAAAGUGGUGAACAAUUCGAACAAUUGCUGGAUGAAGAACAAGAAGACGAAGGCGAAGAUGAGGAACUUGAAAACGACAGCCAGAGUGAAGAUGGAGAUACUGAUGAUGACAGCGACUUAGAAUUGCCAGAGUUAACAGAGAAGCAACUUCUAAAGAACAAGAAAAGAUCUGCAUUUGGACCCAUGUUGCGCUCAAAGGGAUUCUUUUGGAUAGCAUCUAGGCAUAUCAUUAGAGGAGAGUGGUCAUCAGCUGGUUCAAUGCUACAUAUGAAAGGAGGAAUUCCAUGGUUCGCGGUUACCGGACCAUCAUACUUUCCCCCAGAGGCGAGAAAGCUAAUCGAAAAGGAUAUGCAGGGUGAAUAUGGUGAUCGAAGAAACGAACUUGUGUUCAUUGGUGUUAACAUCGACAAACGCAGAAUAAGUUCUGCAUUGGAUUCGUGCUUACUUACUGAUGAGGAGUUUGCCGAAUUUGAAAGUGUUGUGAAGGAUGGGAAGAACUUGUAUCAUAUUGAGAAAUCAUUGCAGGCAACGUUUAACGAUGGGUUUGAAAGCUGGAUUAAAUUUGACGAUGACGAGGAUGAUACGCCAACACUUCAAAAUACAGAUGGGCCAGCCAAACAAGUAGAAGAAGAAAAGAAAGAUGCCAAAGAUAAUUCUUCCAAAAGGAAGAAGGCUAAAGCUCACAACGAGAAACGUAUCGAGUCAAAGUCGAGCAAAAAUUCAGUUAAUGGAGUUUCCGAUCACUUUGAUACUUCCAUUAAUGGAAUAGAAAUUCAAAGAGAAAAACAUGGGAAUCAUAGCCAUGUGAGGGUUAAAGCUGUGAAGACAUAAUCGCCUCUAUCGCUUAGAAUAAAUGACUGCAAUCAAUAAGUAGAAAAAAAAUUGCGAUUUCUGUGGAUCGAAC